CUGCACCAAUCCAGUUGUCAAUCUCCUGCUCCAUUCUUACGUCACUCGUGAACGAGACCCUGAGAUACUUAAUCUCUUCCACUUGGGGCAGGAUCUCCUCCUCGACCCAGAGUGGGCACUCCACUCUUUUCCAACUGAGCACCAUGGCUUCAGACUUGGAGGUGCUAAUUUUCAUCUCAGCCGCUUCAUACUCUGGAAAACCACUCCAGCGAGAUUUGAAGACAGCAGCUUGAUAAAGCCAGCAGAACCACAUCAUCUGCAAAAAGCAGAGAUGCAACGCUUAGGUCACCAAACUGGACCCCCUCAAUGCCUCGGCUGCAUCUAGAAAUUCUGUCCAUAAAGGUAAUGAACAGAAUUGAUGACAAAGGGAAGCCUUAACAUAGCUUAUUAAAACAUUGAUAUCCCUCCAUCCAUCCAUUUUCUGUACCGCUUCUCCUCACUUCUCCUUAUUCUCACUAGGGUGUGCUGGAGCCUAUCCCAGCUAUCUUCGGGCGAGAGGCGGGGUACAGCCUGAACUGGUCGCCAGCCAAUCGCAGGGCACAUAUAGACAAACAACCAUUUGCACUCACAUUCACACUGACGGGCAAUUUAGAGUCUUCAAACAUCCGGAAAAAACCCACACAGGCACGGGGAGAACAGGCAAACUCCACACAGGCGGGGCCGGGAUUUGAAACCCGGUCCUCAGAACUGUGAGGCAGACGCUCUAACCAGUCGUCCACCCUGCCUCCUUAAACAUUGAUAUAUUUAUGUAUUUUUUAAUAUUUAAAGUUUUACUUUUGCACUACUGUAUAUACAUCUCAUUGCACAGUACUGUAUAUUCAAUUGGAAGCGACCCAAUAAAGCCUCUUUCUGGUUCAUUUCUAGACAGACCCUUUGCUCUCAUCAGCCAAAGAGCUGUGUGCGCUGGUGCAGGUGUGGCAAGGGUUAAGGAUGUUAUUUCCAAUGGCCCAAUUGUACACUGACCACUCCCCUAGGCUCAGUGAAGCUCUUAUAAAAAGGCCUCCAAGUUCCCCCCGGCCUGGUAAAGGGGUUGAAUGUGUGCAGUGCGUGCUUCCGCUGUAUCUGUCUCAGUGUUCUGCUAACUACUCUGGCGUUGGCCCGUUGAUGCGAGCAGACUGGUGCGGUGCUCCACUCAGGAGCUCUCCAUGACAGACAUUCCCAAAGUAUCCCAAGUUUGGUUCGAGUCACUACUUUUUCCUGUUGAAGGGCAGAUUUGAACAAGGUGUUAGUGUUCAGGGAGGGGUAGGUCUCCAUUUAGUUGACUGAUAGUUUGUGUUUAGUCCACUUUCGGGUCACCAUGUGGGAAAUCCGGUCCAUGUCCUUCUGGCGGGCGGUGUUCGCCGAGUUCUAUGGCACCAUGUUCUUUGUCUUCUUCGGCUUGGGGGCCGCCCUCCGCUGGACCACGGGGCCCCACAACGUCCUGCACGUGGCCUUCUGCUUUGGCCUGGCGGCUGCCACGCUCAUCCAGUCCAUCGGCCACAUCAGCGGCGGACACAUCAACCCGGCUGUGACCUUCGCCUUCCUGAUUGGCUCCCAGAUGUCGCUGUUCCGCGCCUUCUUCUACAUAGUCGCCCAAUGUCUGGGAGCCCUGGCCGGCGCAGCCGUACUCUACGGGGUCACGCCCACCAACAUGAGGGGCAACUUGGUCCUGAACACGCUGCAGCCAGGCAUCAGCCUGGGGAUGGCCACCACUGUGGAGGUCUUCCUCACCCUGCAGCUGGUGGUCUGCAUCUUUGCUGUGACAGACGAGCGUCGCAACGGACGCUUGGGAUCCGCUGCCCUGGCUAUCGGUUUUUCCGUGCUGAUGGGACAUCUUGUUGGGAUUUACUACACCGGAGCGGGAAUGAACCCAGCAAGAUCCUUCGCCCCAGCUGUUCUGGUCAGGAAUUUUGUCAACCAUUGGGUGUACUGGGUGGGGCCUUUGAUUGGCGGCGCUGUUGGCGCUCUGCUCUAUGACUUCAUACUCUUUCCACGAAUGCGUGGCCUCUCCGAGAGGCUCGCCACACUGAAGGGCAUUCGGCCCCCAGAGGCCGAGGGUCAGCAGGAGACCAGAGAGCCCAUGGAGCUCAAAACGCAAGCGCUAUAAGGCCGCAGACGAACAGCGAGGUGCUCGUCAAACCCCUCUUUCCAUUUCAACCCUUGUUCUGACACAAGAACUGGGCCUCUUGCCCCCUUUUUGGACUGCAGAACAAAGAUGAAGGCUUCAGACCAAGUCACCUUCUUUCUUUUCUCGUUUUUUUUUUUUUUUUUUUUUUUUUUUUGCUAGGAGUGAAGCUACCAUAGACUUCAGCAUGCUUUUCCUUUUUCAGCCGCCACGAUUUUGCCAUUUGCUUUGCUCCGCUUAACAUGUAUUGUACUUCACCAGAAUGAAUUCCAUUUUUUUAAAGUGUGUGUCAGAGAAUGCUUUUUGUCUGUGUAUGUGUGUGCAUGUAUGCUUUUGUGCUUGUUUUCAAUUUCUCUUUAAAAAAAACAAACAAAAAAAAAAACCUUUUACUUCAUUGAUCCAUGUGUAACCUAAUUUUAAAUCAUCCAAACUUAUUUUCAAUAAGGGUGCUGAUGCAACAAUGUAACAUUUACAAAUAGUCACUGUUCAAUGCGAAGCAUGUGUGUUUAUUUUCCUUUUUUUCAUUGUUGGUGUUUUUUGGAUUUAAAAAAAACAAUGUGGAGAUCCAUGCUUUUUAUUGGACAGAUGAAAUGCCAAAGAUGCCAUAAGGAAUAUUUCUUUACCAAUAAUUGAGGCCUUAUUUUGGAGUAUUGGAACGCACACAACACGCACACAUUGAUAUUGUGGCUGUCCAAUAAAAAAAAAAGCAUGGAUCUCCAAAUCCCUUUAGCCAAAUCAAAAGGAAAAUUAUUGUUGGUUAUUACACAGCGAAGCUACAGAUCAUCAUUGUGAAUUUAACACUUGCUCCAUGGUUGAUAAGCAGGUGUGUAUAACUAAGAAACUAAGAAAAAAGGCCUAUAUUACAUGUAAAUUUGAUCCCCUUUCAAAUUUUAGACUGUUGGUUUGCAUUUCCUUGUUUUUGUCAAAGGUGAGCAGUUAGAGCACAGACACAGGCUGCUGUUGCGUGACAUCAGCAUGGAGGUCAGGACUCAUAAAAACAAGAGUGUAUGAGGUGUGCUGGCUUGAAAGUUGCGUGGUCAAUGUUAUGUUGAAUGUUGAUCACAUUAAUAACAUUGUGACAUUGACCAGACAUGUAAGCAGCUUUCUGCUUUUUCUUUUCUUGUGUGGUUUCCCUGAUAAGCAGCUGGUUGAGUAGAUUUUAGUGACAUGUUCGGAUUUGUUUUUCUUUUUUUGUUUUUGUUGUGAUGUACAGUGUAAAGUU